UUUGAAUUAGUCAGCUACUGGUGUCGUGUUUGUAGGAGGCGAUAAACGUGGAGUAGUAGAGUUUAUUCAGUUAUCGAUGGAGAUGAACAAAGGUAAAGCGAUGUUGGCCUUGACACCAGUGAUGGAGAUGAACAUAGAUGAACCAGGGUUAAUCGGUUUUAGUUACCCAAUGUUGACGAGAAGUAAUUAUACAGCUUGGUCUCUAAAAAUGAAAGCGUUUAUGCAAGCUCAAGGGGUCUGGAGUGCGGUGGAACCAAAUGAUCCAAAUAUACAGGUGGAAGAAAAAAAAGAUAAUGUCGCUAUGGCCAUGAUAUAUCAAGGAAUACCUGACGAUGUUUUACUUGCACUAGCAGAGAAACAGACAGCAAAAGAGGCCUGGGAGGCUAUAAAGACUAUUUACCAAGGUGUUGAGCGAGUAAAGCAGGCAAGGAUUCAAACACUGAUAUCUGAGUUUGAAUCGAUGAGCAUGAAAGAUAAUGAACUGAUUGAUGACUUUUAUAUGAGGUUAAUGGGGCUUGUGACGAAUAUACGAGCAUUGGGAGAAGAAAUGGGAGAGUCUUAUGUUGUAAAGAAGCUACUACGUGCAGUCCCCAGGAAAUUUUUACAAAUCAUAUCUGCCAUGGAACAAUUUUGCAACCUAGAGACUAUGACUGUGGAAGAAGCAGUAGGUUUCCUCAAAGCAUACGAAGAGAGAUUGAAGGGAAAGGUAGAGCAAAAUGAAAGGCAGCUAAUGCUUACAGAGGAAGAGUGGACAAAGCGUGAAGGCGAUGAAGGAAAACUUUUACUUACUCGAGAAGAAUGGUUGAGGGGAUCAAACAGAGGAGGCCUUGACGGACGAUCAUCCUUCAAGAGUCGUGGAGGACGUGAUAGAAGUAAAGUCAGAUGUUAUAAGUGUAACAUCUAUGGACAUUAUGCUCAUGAAUGUUAAAGAUGACGAGCCUGCCCUACGACUAGCAAAAGUGUGAGAAAAGCGAGCAGGCUCUCCAGGAGGUGUACUGCAUUCCAAGUGUACUUGAUAAUAUUAUUAGUCCUGGGCAAAUGUAUGAGGAGGGAAACAGAGUUAUUUCUAUUUUGAUAAUUUUUGAACUAUAUGCAUAUGUUUUGCUUUCUGACUGUUUGUGAGUUGUAUUCAAUUUAGUCCUCAUAUCAAGACAUUGAUUAAAUCUGUUCAUG